ACUGCUGCUUCAAGCCACUGAUCAAAAUGGCCUGGGCAGAAGAAAAGGUUGCUUCCAGCUAUGUAAUGUCUUUCGUCAGAACAUGGAGAUAGACCAGUGUCUGCUGGAGUCUCUCCCCAUUGGCCAGCGCCAGCGGCUGGUCCGGAGGAUGCGCUGUGACCAAAUAAGGGCGUAUUACGAGAGGGAAAAAGGCCUUCAGAGACAACAAGGUGGCCUCAAGGUUCGAGCCCCGGCCACCCAGCGCAAGAAGCACCACGUCCGCUUCGGCCUCCCCGAUGUCAUACAGGAUGCCAUCAUUCGCCAUGACUACAAAGAAGUGUUGCGUCUCCUGAAGGAGGGAGCACACCCCAACACUCCCAUCUCUUCUGGCGGAUCUUUGCUACACCUGUGUGCUCGCCAUGACAACGUGUUUGCGGCAGAAGUUCUGAUUGAGCGAGGCCUGAACGUGAACCUGCAGGACGAAGACCUGUGGACCGCCCUGCACGUGGCGUGUGUGUGCGACCAUGCAGACGUGGUGCUGCUCCUGCUGCUGUCCGGGGUGAAUGUGCUGCUGCAGGAUGUCAACGGAAACAUUCCUCUUGACUACGCAUCCGAGGGAACUGAGACCAGCUACAUCCUCCGAAAACACCUGGAGGAAAAUGGUGUGGAUGUGUCAUCCAUGCAUGCAAUGAAGAUGCAGAGACCAAGCACAAUGCUGUCUGAUGUGAGACAGCUUGUAGCCAAGGGGGAAAGCAUCAACCAGCCCAAUGAUGACGGGGUCACUCUGAUCCACAUAGCGUCCGCCAGUGGUUAUAGAGAAGUGGUUUCUGUGUUGUUGGAGAGCGGGGCGGACCCUCAUCCUGCUGACAACAACUUCUGGACCCCUCUUCACCUGGCUGCUAAAUAUGGACAGACAAGCAUCGUUAGCCAGCUCCUGAGGCACAGAGCAAACCCGACUCUGUUGAACUGCAACCAAGACAAGCCCUCAGAUAUUUCCGCGUCAGAGCCCAUAGCUGACAUGCUGCUGAAUGCAGAGGAGAGCUGGCUGCAGAGACUAAAGGACCCCUCCGCCCCCCUACCCUCCACUGAUCAACGCUAUGAUGGCGGUUCACACGACCUCAACACUCCUGUCAAGAACUUGAACCCCCUGAGUCUCUCUAUCUCUAAGCGGGACAGUCUGCUGGAGAAGUGUGCCAUGUUCAGAGAGGCAGGUGGAGCACUGAGCCGACAGCCCUCACAGGACAAUGGCCUAGAUGGCCCCUUUAGCUCCGGUGCCAGCAAACUGGAGCAGGUGAAGCUGAUGCCUCCAGCUCCCAAUGACGACCUGGCCUCCCUCAGUGAGCUGACCGACAGCAGUCUGCUCUACGAGAUGCAGAAGCGCUUUGGCAACGACCAAAUCUACACUUACAUUGGACACAUCCUUCUGCUGGUCAAUCCAAACAAAGAGCUGCCCAUCUACUCCACCUUGGUGAGUCAGUUGUACCUGAGCUCCACGGGUCGUCUGUGCUCCUCUCUGCCGCCUCACAUCUUCUCCUCCGCAGAGAGAGCGUACCACAUGAUGCUGCAGGAGAGACGCCCACAGUGUUUCAUCUUGAGUGGUGAAAGUGGUUCUGGGAAAACGGAGGCCUUUAAGCACAUAGUGAGACAUCUGACAGCCCGCUCCAGCCCCAAAGGCUUUGCACUGGAGCCCAGAAUGAAACACGUAAACUGUAUUCUGGAGGCCUUCGGUCAUGCAAAGACUCUGAAGAACAACAACUCGAGCCGUUUUAUCAAACUGUUGACCAUCCAAUACUGUGACAAAAGGAAGACACUGCUCAGAGCCCGUGUGUACGCCCACAUGCUGGAGAAGUCUCGUCUGGUCCACCUGCCUCCUCAACAACACAGCUUCAACAUCUUCCAUCUGAUGGCUGAGGGCCAGUCGCCUGAGGAGAACAGCGCACUUUACCUCAACAAUGUCCUGGCUCAUAGGUAUCUUAGUGGAAGACUUCCCGGGGAGAACCCUCCAGUAGCUGAAGCCUCCACCGAGAGCAGGGAGCGCCUCACAGCCGUCAAACAUGCCCUGCGAGCCCUGGGCUUCAACAAGCAGGAGGUUGACUCUGUGUUUACUCUGCUAUCUGCUGUGCUCCAUAUUGGGGACAUACGGUUUACUGCAUUGACAGAUGCCGAUACAGCCUUCCCUUCGGACCUGCAGCUGCUGGAGAGAGUUGCUGGAUUGUUGCAGGUGUGCUCCGGGGACUUAAGCAAUGCCCUCAUCUCUGACGUUCAGUACUUUAAAGGUGACUUGAUCACCCGACGCCACACGGUGGAGAUGUCAGAACAGUACAGAGACCAGCUUGCGAAAGCCAUCUAUGGUCGCCUCUUCAGUUAUCUGGUCAACAGCACCAACGAGUACCUACAGGGACAGGACGACAGCAUUGGUGAUCCUGCCCUCGAAAUCGGGAUCUUGGACAUCUUUGGGUUUGAAGAAUUUCAAAGGAAUGGAUUUGAGCAGCUGUGUGUGAAUAUGACCAACGAGCGGCUGAGGCAGUAUGUCUCUGAGGUGCUAUUCCAGCAGGAGCAGGCUGAGUGUCUGCAGGAGGGCAUCGCCAUGGAGACUCCCCGCUACUCCAGCAACCAGUCAGCCGUCCUGGACUUCUUUCUUCAGAAGCCUCAGGGGUUGCUGUGCGUGUUGGAUGAGGAGAGCCAGAGCCUGCGGCCGGCGGAGCAGAGUCUGUACAAGAGGCUGUCAGCACAGCUGGACUCAUGUCCCACUCACGGUCUGUCUCUAACGACCAAGGAUGGCAACGGAAACCCACCACCCAAAGAUCAGGGGCCAGCCUUCACUGUCAGCCACUACGCCGGACAGAUUUCAUAUGAUCUCACAGGAUCACUCGCAAGAAACAAAGACUGCCUUCCUCAGAAUCUCCUGUUUACGAUGAAGUCCAGUGAGAGUGUGUUACUGCAGCAGCUCUUCCAGUCCAAGCUGACUCAGACUGGUUCCCUGGUGCCAGCAGCGCAGGGCCGUGCCGGGCUGAGGGGGCCUAAAGCCAACCUGUUGCUCCACAGGAUGCCACCAUCCUCCCUUGUCACUGUCAACAGUGUCCCCCAACAGCCCCGGAGGUACCAUGACCUUUCCAAGAUCUUGAAGAAGAAAGGAUCGAGUUCCUUCCUCCAACGGCUGGAGCGCUGUGGGCCCAUCACAGUGGCUGUCCAGCUGAGGAACACACUGUCAGAAGUGAUGAAUAAGCUGCAAGCUUGCACUCCUCACUUUGUGGAGUGUGUGCGCCCCAACACAAGCGGUCAGCCCGAAAGUUUUGACAGCUCCCAUGUGUCCACCCAGCUGCAGUACAUCGGGGUGCUUGAGAUGGUGCGCAUGAUCCGUUAUGGAUACCCUGUUCGCCUCUCCUUCCCAGGAUUCCUCAGCAGAUAUAAAGAUCUUGUGGUCCCGACUUUGGGAGACAAGAAGAAAUUGUCCCCUGAAGAGAGAUGUCGCUCCGUUCUGCAACAGUCCAAACUCCAGGGAUGGCAGAUGGGCAGCAGCAAAGUGUUUCUGAGGUACUGGCAGGCCGACCAGCUGAACGACCGCUGCUACCAGCUUCACAAAAAGAUCAUCACCUGUCAGAAGGUGGUGCGUGGCUGGCUGGCCAGACAGAGCGUUCAGCGCAGGCUGUCCUUACAGCAGAAAGAGGAGGGCGGUGUGCAGCGCUUCCUGCAGGGGGCAGAAGACAUAGGGAUGCGAACCUAUGACCACUUGGUCAUCCAAAAUGCUUCCGACAUCUCAAGAGAGAGUGACCGCCUGCGCUGCCGUGGCAACAGCCUUAUCAACAUCCUUGGCAACAGCCCACCACUUGGUGAGAGGCCUGAGCCGGUGGGCAAGGAGGAGGAUCAGCCCAUGAAGAGGGACUCCGGGAGGAAGAAGUCAGCCGUGCCGAGGGACUGGUGGCCACAGGUGGUCCUCAAGCUCCACAAAUGGCGGGGCAACUCCGUGGAUCUGGACUCUGGUGUCGAGGGGCGGCGCCCGAAGCCGUUAUCUCCGAAACUUGUGGCUGCCUUGUCCAAGCCCCGUCCCCACAGUGAUGACUACACAACCAUGAGGAAGGUGCCACCCCCGAAACCUAAACGCAGUCCCAACACCAAGCUGUCAGGCUCAUAUGAGGAUAUCAACGCUGCAUCUCCACACAUCCACCAGUUCCGUCCUGCUGAUGUGAAGCUGGCCUUGCUGUCCCGGGCUGGCGGUUUCUGUGGGUUUGGUGGUCUAUUGCAGAAAGCAGCAUCUGUAGAUGUUCCACAAGGGCUUGGACUGAGCCUGUACCGUGGCCAGGGCGAAGAGGACGUGUACAUAGAGAUGUUGGGCUCCAAGCAGCGGGCCCGGAGCCUCCAGGAGCCUCCUGACAGCCCGGAGCUGGACGACUCGGAGGCCGUCUACGAGGAGAUGAAGUAUUUCCCUCAUGAAGACGGUCCUGCCACCGUGGUAAGCAAGGCGGCCAAACUGGAGGCCCUAGGCUUGAACCUGGUGGGAUUGUGUGCAUCUCCCCCUCAUAGCGGGGAGAUCAAACGGAUGGCGGCAGGGUUGACGGCUGCCAUGGACCUCACUCACUCACAGAGCACUGCCAACAGCGGCAAAGAUGGCAGCUGCGACAUCCCUGCCCCCUUCCCCAACUUGCUCCCCCACCGUCCACCUCUCCUGGUGUUUCCCCCCUCCCCCGUCACCUGCUCUCCUGCUUCAGAUGAGUCCCCCCUCACCCCUCUAGAGGUGAAGAAGCUGCCCGUGUUUGAGACCAACCUGAACUAUCCUACCGGCCCAGACAGCCCCCUGUCCCCUCAGUACGCCCGCCAGAGGGCCGACUCCUCCCCUAGCCUCACCGUCCUCAUGCCAGACAAGAAGCCCACCACUCCACUCACCCCUCCACCUCCUCCCCCCAACGCCCUGCCUCCCCCUUACAGACCACCGUCACACUUCCCCUUCCCACCUGAGACCAACUUCCAAGGUAUUACCAGAUGUGUCACAGGAAGCUCAGACCCUCCCAAAACCUCAUGCGCUCAAAGGGCAAUUGGGGAACCCCUGGGGAAGCCCCCUCCCUAUUCCCCAGUGAAGAUGACCCGACCUGAGCCUCGGAGGGCACACUCGUGCUCCUCCUCGCCCCUGCUGUUCAACCCAGCCAAUGGCAGACCCCUGACCAGCCCCCUGGAUGAGCUCAACACUCUGUUCAGCUCGGGACGCAGCCUGCUGAGGAAGCCCAGCUCCGGCCGAAAGACCAGAGAUGGAGGAUUCAAUUCUAAUAUCAACCUGCCGUCUGUGCAGCUACAGGACAAGAACGCCAACAACCACACACAUCCUCACUCCCAAAGCUCCGCCCCCGUGGAGAACGGCAACCAGAUUUCCAACGGGUCGCUGGAAGAUGAGACUCACAGCAAGUCAAACUCCUCAAGCUCCACUCUACACAGACACAUGGACAGCCAUCAUACUCAGAGGGGUCAUCUCAACUUUUCUCCCUUCGGUGCGGGGGCUGCCCUCUAAAACAGCGAGGGGGGGGCAGGGGGUUUCACUGGAAGCCCGGUUCACAUGUAGGGAU